AUAGCUGUGGAAAGGAAAAUCUCCACAGGCAGUGGCAGCGUCGCAGCGAGCACUGACAUUUAUGGAGGGCUUGCUGCUGUCCAGGCAUUGUGCAGAGUGUUACGUCUGUGUUACAUUAUUUAACCCCUAGCAGAUAUGAAAAAGCAGGACUGCGGAAAGGAGUGAUGACCAGUGAUCUUUGCCCAGGCUGGAUGUUGAAGCUCAUGCCUCAGGACACCUACCGAGAACAGUGCACCAGCUACUGGGACCAGCUUUCCAUCUACUUAGUGCCGCUCUGUGCCUGAACUGCUAAAGCCAGCUAACCACAAAUGGCUACCCAAAGGAAACACUUGGUGAAAGAUUUCAAUCCGUACAUCACCUGCUAUAUCUGCAAAGGCUAUCUGAUCAAGCCAACAACAGUGACAGAAUGCCUCCACACAUUCUGUAAGACCUGUAUUGUCCAGCACUUUGAAGACAGCAAUGAUUGUCCAAGGUGUGGCAACCAAGUUCAUGAAACAAAUCCAUUAGAAAUGUUGAGGUUGGAUAAUACAUUGGAGGAAAUUAUAUUUAAGCUGGUACCUGGACUACGAGAACAAGAACUUCAGCGUGAAUUGGAAUUUUGGAAGAAAAAUAAACCUCAAGAAAAUGGACAAGGUAACUCUAUGUUUCUGACACCUUCUCUCAUUAUUACAUUGAUCUGCAUGAUUCCAGUUGAAGAUGAUAAGGACUACCAUAGAAGUGACCCACAAAUUGCUAUCUGUCUGGAUUGUUUACGAAAUAAUGGGCAGUCAGGGGACAAUGUAGUAAAGGGUCUCAUGAAGAAAUUCAUUCGAUGUUCUACACGAGUUACUGUAGGAACUAUUAAAAAAUUUCUAAGUUUAAAACUAAAACUUCCAAGUUCUUAUGAGUUGGAUGUGCUGUGCAAUGGUGAAAUUAUGGGGAAGGAUCAUACCAUGGAAUUCAUCUAUAUGACAAGAUGGCGACUAAGAGGAGAAAAUUUUCGCUGUCUGAACUGCUCAGCCUCGCAAGUCUGCUCUCAGGAUGGCACUUGGUAUCAGUCAUACCCUAUGGUAUUGCAGUAUCGACCAAGAAUUGACUUUGGGUAGGCCAAGGAGCCCAGACUGCACUGAAUGAACCCUGCACUAUUUGUUUACUCGUCGGCAGAUUGCACAGUGAGCGGUGUGUGGACUUGAGAGACACGAUCUGAUUUUCAGCAUGCACAUAAGGCCAUUGUCUGUCUCAACAUUGUCAGUUUCCUUCAUGUUGUUUCUACUAGGAGCAAUCCAAGUGCCCUUCUGCUACUGACCAUCUGCAUAAGAUAUUCGUCUCGUCUCACAGUGUGCAAAGCACGGCUGAAAUCAGCUAGGAGUACAGCCGUGACUCUGCUUUCUCAAUGUUUUGCUUGCCUGUUGCAAGAUUGUUCUAAUGUUAAUUACACUAGUAAAAUGGCUCAAUCCUUGUGGUGUUGCAGUUUUCACAUACUUAAUACUUUUAUUCUUGUUAAAAUAGAGUACUGUACAAGAACUAGUAUAAUUAUAUCUUGAAAUUAUUUUGUAUAAAAAUAUAUUUAGAAGAGUGGUUUCUGAGCCACUGUCCUAUUCUUAGUAAACUUUUAUGUAAAAAAGAAUAAACGGCCAAAAAAAAAAAAAAAACCAAAAUGCCAGCUCAUUCUUGAGUGUGCAAGUCCUUUUGUGAAGAAUUCCAGUUAUCAUUUGACCAGAGCACAUUACAAUUGGAGCUAUCCUGAAUGUCUGGGUAGUCUCUACCAUUGCACAGGAAGGCGUGUUAGCCCUUCACAUUGAAAACGUAUGUGACUUGGACAACUGAAGUUCAUAAUGUUGGCAGCUGAUCAUAUUGAUGUCUAAUAAAAUUAAUGUGUGAGUAUGUUAAUGUUUGUUACUGUCUUAGGGCAAGUGGGUGUUGCUCUACAAAACUCCAUUUGUUGUCUAGCCUGUGUUGUGUGUGCAUCAUGGCAUUGUUGAUGCCGUUUUGUGAAAGCAUUCUUUUAAGUUGGCCUUAGGCAUGUGUUGUGGCAUGCAGAGGGUUAUGUAUAAUGGUUUUAAAUACUAGGAUUUUAGAUAAUAUUCGCUCAUUUAUGGAUUUCCAAAAUCUCAAGUUACUGAUCCAGAUUGUUAGCUGCAUAUCACAUUUCCAAACCAUACCCACAAAAUAAAUGCUAUGUAAUAGAUAAAUAUUCUAACCAAAAUUGGUGGUUUGGGGAUAUUUUAUUUUAGAUACUGUAGUAAACAUGAAGUGGGAUUGUUGUUUUCACUGUGAGUUCAUUGAAGGUGAGUGUAGUAGAAGUCAGAACUAUGACAAUGUCCUUGAUAUUGACAGUUUGGUUAAGUCUUCCACACAUACGAAAUUAGCCUGCAAGUCAGGGUCCUCUGUUAUCUUAUUACAUGAAAAACAUUUUAGAUCUUGUCAAAUACAUAGUUGAAAAGAAAACUGUGAAACAUGUCUAUUGGUUGCUUUGAAACAAACAAGUUAACUUCUGACAGGUAGGAAAAAAUAGGAAGAAUGACUUUUUUCAGAAAUCUGAUAAGAGCACCGUGUGUUCCACACAUCGUUUUUAGGCUGUGAACACAGGUGCUCUACAUUUCCCUGCAAAAUACUUCACAAGCUGAUGCUUUCUGAUUAUCAGAGUGCUUCGUAGAAAUAAAACAUCGUACAGCUCUAAGAAAUAUACGAAGUGAAGCUCAAUCUUGGAGUAUUUUAUAAUAUAAAAGGCUGAAAGUUUAUGAUUUUUCCUUACAUCUUUUUUCAAGUCGAAAGGUAUAUUAAAGUUUGCUGCAUUAGAAGGCCAUAGCAACGCUUUAACUUCAGGUUGUUAUAGAUGGGCUGUUUCUGGAAGAACUCACGAGCAGGAUUUAAAAGAUAGUUGAUUUACUCUAAAGUUUAGACCAUUAUGCUUGACCAAAAACCUGAAUCUAUUAUCUAACUACAGAAAUUAUUUUGAUGUUUUGUAAAAUCUAGUUCCUAGUUAUCUCUAAGAAAAUUUUAAAGAUACUACAGUUUGUCACAUUUAGAUAAGUAUAUUUUAAAUAUGAAGGUUAAUUUUAAUUAACUUAAGUCAAAAUCAAUUUUGAAAACCAAACACUAAGACUUGGCUAUUUUGCUCCUCAUCAAGAUGUAAGGCCAUAGGUGAAUUUUAUAUACAAGGUCUCUUUAAAUUUUGCUUGUUGCCUGAUCACGUGUUAUGACUAUUUUCCAGGGACACAUAGGGAAUAGUUAUGAAAGGAAGCAACUUUAUAAAAGUUUCUUUAUUUAAUGUUAUGCAUUGACAUUUUCACUGAGAUGUAAAAGACUGUGUUCCAAAACAUACCAUUAAGGAUGGCUGGUGUCACAUGGGAACAUGAGUAAUGUGGUGUUGCUAGUGGAAUCAGGCUUUUUCAGCUAGCCUCCUCUGGUAUAUCAGCCAAGUGUAGACCACUUUCUUGUCUGGUGUGACAUGCACCAAAUUCCCACUUAGUUGCCCUUGUAAGGAACCUGCUGUAGGAAACAUGAGCAGGCACUGUGUGUGGCCAACUUUACAUGUACAGGGUUGCUUAACAAAACCCUCUAGAAUAGCCCUGAACCCAUACACUCAAGAAUACAUGAACGUUAGUCUUCAAUCUGUUGUCCCUUAAGCAAUAAACUAAAGAACCCUACUCCAGAAAAGAUUUUAUUACCUGUUUUAUCUGCCUUAAAAAUCAGCCCUAAAGAAAAGGGCCAAGGAAUCUUGAAUAUAAAGAAUGCCUGUGGUCUGUAAGAAUCACUUCAAAUUGCAGUGAUCACAUAAGUUAAUAGAGAAAGAAAAUGUCCUUUUUUCAGUCGGUCCUAAAAAUUAAACUAAAAGGUUCGUUGAUGAGAUUAUAUUAAGUCUGAGGUUUGGGUAACGAGUAAUGUUUUUGACAACUUUUAAAUAUUCUUUAUUCUUUAUUCACUAAGCAUCUGCCCCGUACUAAUGUGCCACAUUGUACAAACGUAGUGAAAGAGAACAAAUGUUCAUUUGAACUGAGUCCGUAAUAAAACCAUUGUGUUAUAUAAUAUUAUAAACUGUUAAGCUUUACUGACUAUUUAAAAGAAAGUGCCUCAUUGCUAAAGUGCGUUUCUGUUUUAGGUUACCUGCAUAAGUCUCCAGUUAUCUGUACCUGUCUCAUAAAUGGCUUCAUAUCUAAGUGGGUACUUAAAAGCUAAAGUCUUUUUCAAAAAGUUUUGUAUCACCAAAGACAUUUUAUUGUUAAUAACCAUGUUGGAGACAGUUUGGACAGUUCAGAAGAUGGAAACUAGUAGAUUGUGACCUGACGGUAAAUAGGUAGUAACCUUGAUUGCUCACCAAAACAUUGCCAAUGAAGGCACUGCAGUUCGAGUUCUUGGUGGGAUGAGUCAAAUGCCUCUUUUGCUACAGUCAGUGUAUUUCCCUUCAAAUAUGGUUUUUUUUCCAGCUACAUCUGGUAGACCUUAGAAAAUCCUCAAAUAUGAGAAAGAAAACAAAUAUCCUCCCCAGUGAAAAGUGGGAGAAAAAGGAACUUAGAAAAUUGAGAUUUUAAUUUUUUUAAGAAGCCUUUUAUUCCCUAGAGGUGGUAUGAAGGAGAGGACGCCUGUUUAGCUCCUGGGUUCUUAGUCAAGUGUGCAGCUUUGUUGAAGACAGGCUUUAGUGGAAGUGCUGACAGGCCUGCCUCCGUAGAGCACAGAACAUUCUGCUGGAUUAGCAGAAGUGCUUCUGCUAUUUUUAAAAGCAAAAUUCCAUAAGGGCCUGUGAUAGUUUUUUAUUUAAAAGUGACUCUCUUUCUCAGCAGCCACUUUAUUGUUAUUAAACUUAGCCCUGUGGCCAGAUAUUGACAGUGGAGCACUGAAAAUUGUCCCAGUACGCCAUUCUUUCUCUGGGGUUGAUGGUCUGCUUUGGACCACCACUGAGGUAAAAUCUCCCUGAGCUAGACCUUCUGCAGAGUGGAUGAGACAGCCCCACAGUCCUGUGUUCCCUGGUCUGCAAGCACUGCAACUGAGCUGUAUCCCUCCACAUCCACUCCUCUGGAUAAGGAGUUCUCUAGAAAUCUACCCUUUAUAUCAAUAAAAAAAUCAGUAUGAAUUUGCCAAAUCUUUUCUAGAUUAGAAUCAUAAAAACUUGAAAUGCUGUUACAGUUGUUUUCAGUAUGUAAAUCCUCUGGAGAGCAAUAAGGGACAUGGCAUGUCUGCUAGGUCUGCUGCUUCAGGAGUUGUUGAACAGUUUCAGGGUCACUAAAGACUCAGAAGCCCUCAGAGCACAGGAUCACCACUUGUUUGGAUUUACUUGAUGGACUUUGCUCAGUGUGUUCUGAUUGAAAACAGGUUAAGAUACAAUACAAUGCCAGUAGACAGUAGGGCUUACGUUGUGUUAAGCCAUGGUGUUUCUCGGGUCAUUUGAAAGUCUUUCUCUUCCUAGAAUAUGAUUUUCACAAAAAGCAAGUUUACAUCAUCAUGUUUUCUAGUAGAAUUAAAAUGUUUGGGCACUUUUUCAGAAAAUGAUAAAAAAUUAAACAUUUCAAAAGAACUGCUUUAAAUUUUCGUGCAGGUGUGUCUAACCUCAUCCACUUUUCCAUGAUUCAAAAUGGUGGCUUCCCAGAAAUGUUUUCAUCUUAAUUGUCUUUGAAUCUAGAAUCAAUGUAACAGAUAUGUUAAAUACUAGGCCUAGUUUUCUUCGGUCUUGUAGUACUUACUAGAAAACCAACUGUAGCACAAAUGAAGACUAACCAUUCUGAGGGCAUCUCUACAUAGUCUGGUGUAUUGACAUGGGACCAGGAGCGGCUCUUUCUACAUAUGUGUCUAUUUGGAGGUCACCCUGGCACUGUUGAAGGCCGGUUUUCUUUUGCAGUCUUUUUCAGAAUGGGGUGGGGGCCUAAGUGUCCUUAUGAAGCUGUGGUCCAGGACAAGAGCGUGGGGUGGGGCGUAUGUGUUCCUUCACUUUCCUGUGUCUGGUAACUCAACAGCAAUCAUUUCUUAGAAUAGCCCUCACAGUAAAUCUAGCACAGAAUAUAUUGUAGAGUUAUGUUGCUAAUUUUAUUUUGAAAUACGAAAUAUUUUAAGCUUUUUGUCAAGAGUGAUAACAUCUUAAUACAAAUAAAAACCUUUUUGUGGUUGUAAGAUUUAGCUUAUGAAUCAUUCAAAUUGAAGUGAAAGAAUUACCAGGUCAUUGUUAAUGACUUAGUCUAUUAAGAAUCUAUGUAUUUUUGUAAAGGAAAAGCACUUGUAGAUAUUUAAUCAGUACAAGGUCUAUGUCUGUUUUGCAGAAAGAAAAUGCUGCUUAGAGAUUCUCUUUAAAUAUUUUUUAUUUUUGUGCUCAUGUAUUUUCUGUUGAUCUAUGGAAUGUUCUGUACAAAACUGUAUGACUGUACUGGUGAGCUGGAUACAUUUUUUUUUAAUUCUGGUCUUAGCCAUGUAUAUUUGACCAUGUUGAAAAUAGUAUCUUUGUUAUUAAAUUUUUGAUUGCA